CUGCUUGGCUCUUAGCGCCGAGCGGCCGCAAGUCCGUUGACCCCACCAGUGCUGCUGGUCCCGCGUUUCAGCCCAUCUUAGGCGGGUCCAAGUCCAACACCCACUGCAACAUUCCACUUGAUCCCCGUGGGUCAUCCAUCCCAUCGACAUUGAACCAAACACGUCGGGUCAUAAAGGUUCUCUUUUCCCGUCCCUUUCCUUUUCAAAUCCCACUUCAUCGUUUCCCUUUUCUCACUCGUUAAUAGAAGGGCAGACGGUACGUAACAUGGAUCAACUCAAACACACCCUCGCCGGCCUCGGCGAAUUCGCCAAAGAGAACCUACCUCCCCAAGUCACCGGGACCGUCACCGACCUCACCUCUUCGGUCCGCAGCAGGCUCACUCUCGGCUCCCGUCGACGCACGCAGCCAAUCGACGAUGAAGAAGCAGGCGACAUCAUCCCUUUGGACGCCCACGCCGGCGGCGGCCAUUCCACAUGCAAGCACGGCCCGCAGCUCCGCGUCUCCCCCGCUCUGCAGUCCUUCAUUGCCAGGAACCAUAUUUUGAGUUCGGGCGAAACCGUCGCCGACUUGCUUGCCAAGUCCCAUAUUGCCGUCCCACGCGAGGUAAUCAACAGGGACUACCCCCUACCCGAGUACUUCGUCUCAAGCAGUCACAACACCUACCUCUGCGCACACCAACUCUUCGGUGAAUCCUCCACCGACCCCUAUCGACACACCCUCCAGGCCGGCUCAAGAUGCGUAGAGAUCGACGUAUGGGACAACCCCGACAACCUGGACGAACCCAAAGUCACGCACGGCUACACCUUGGUCUCCAACAUCCCGUUCCGCGAAGUAUGCAAGAUCAUCCUGCAAGUGGUUGAGGAAGAGGAAGAAUCCGGCGGCGGGGGCGGCGGCGGUGCGCCCGUGUUGAUUUCGCUCGAGAACCACUGCGGCGCUCAAGGACAAGAGGCGCUGGUACGAAUCAUGAAGGAGGUAUGGGGGAGGCACUUGUUGGACAAGCCGGUAGAAACCGAGUCGCACAUUGAGCAAGACCAACAUGUUCGUCUUCGCGACUUGGGGUCGAAAAUCGUGGUCAUCGUGGAGCAUCACCUGGUCAACGAAGCCUCUUCUGAUUCCUCCUCCGAUUCCAGCUCGGAAGACGAAGCCGAGAAAAAAGAGAGGAAACAAAGAAAACAAGCCAAAAAAGACACGCCCGAAGCCAAACUCAUCAUCCCCUCCCUUGCCGAGCUGGGCGUCUACGGCCAAUCCGUCAAACCGCCCGACAACAGCUGGUUCACCUCCUCGGACCUCCUACCCUCCAGAGACGGCCCGCACCACCACCUCAUCAACGUAUCUGAAUCCGGUCUCAACGCCCUUUUGUCUUCUGGCAACGGCGCCAGCAUAGCCAAGCACAACGCCCGCCACUUGAUGCGGGUAUUCCCCAAGGGCACGCGUAUUUCUUCCAAGAACCUCAAGCCGCUACCCUUUUGGGGUUUAGGCGCGCAAGUAUGUGCUUUGAACUGGCAAACUUUCGACGCAAGCAUGCAAAUCAACGAAGCCAUGUUCGCUGGUACAGGGGGGUACGUGCUUAAACCUUCUUGGCUGCGGUCCAGCGCGGCGAUGGUGGGAUUAGCAGAAAAAGAGUUUCGAGAGCAAGUGGCGAGGACGAGACGCAGGAAACGAUUGAGCUUGGUGGUGGCGGGCGCGUCGGAUGUUCCCGUUCCUAGCGGCAGAGAUACGGAUAAGGAGUUGAAACCGUACUUGACCUGCACGCUGCUACAUCCGGGCGUGCCGUUUGGGGAGAUGCAGCAGACCAAGAAGAAGACGGAUGUGUUUAGGAAGCAUAAGCUUAGUGCGCUGCUGAUUGGAGGAUUGACGGGGGCAGCAAGUAAAGAGGAGGAGAACAGUCUGGUGACGGAUCCGGUGUGGGAUGAGACGCUGGAGUGGGACGAGUAUGAAGAUGAUGAGUUGGUUUUCUUGAGGAUGUUCAUCAAGAGCGAUGAUUCCUUCUCCAGCAACCCGGUGCUGUGUGUGGCGAGCGUUAGGCUGCUGUAUGUGGAGGGCGUCAAGGGGCAGUGGAGGUUCGUGAGGAUGUUGGAUCUAAAGGGGAGAGAGACGGCAUGUACACUGCUGGUCAAGUUUGAAGUGGAUGAGCUCUGAUUAAAUGCCGGUUCGGCUACCACUAAUACAGUUUCAAGCACAAUGGGAGAAAGCGGGCCAAAAAAGACUAAUAUACAUAAAUGAACUCGUCGUUCUGACGAUCCGUCAAAUCCAAGAAGGCCCGACUUCCAAUGUCGCCUUCUUGGGCUUGGGCGGCACCCGCCGCGUUGAACUUCUUAUCCAUCGAAGCAUCAUGCAGCUUGGCCGGCUUGCCACUCGCCACG